UACCUCAAGAGGCAGCCAUAGGUAAUCGAGCGCCUACCACGCAGUAGGAGUGCUACAAGAUGGCGCAGGCAAUAUUUGAGGUGCUGGAAGGCAUGGACAAUCAGACGGUGCUGGCAGUCCAGUCACUGCUGGACAGCCAAGGAGGUGUUCCUGACCCAAACAACCAAAACGUCUCUGGGACGCCAACAAUCCAGUCUAUGGACGAUGAAGACGUAUUCCUGUGUGGGAAGUGUAAAAAACAGUUCAACUCUUUGCCUGCUUUCAUGACGCACAAGAGGGAGCAGUGCCAGUCUAGCACCCCUUCUCUGUCCACAGUGUCCUUGGCCUCCACCAAUGCCUACACGCCUGUCCCGUCUAUUAGUUCAGUACCGCAGACUCCUGCCAACAGACAGGUGUCCACCUACAUCACAGUCCCUCCCUCCCCUUUGACGCACACUCUGGUCCAAGGGAACGUGCUCGUCAGCGAUGACGUCCUCAUGUCCGCCAUCUCAGCCUUUACCUCCAUCGACCAGCCCAUGGCCCCCAUGCAGACUCCCAUACAGAGUAACCUGAGCAUGCACACAGCCGGUGUGUCCUACUUACAGCACCAUCACCACCACCACCUCCAUCACCUUCAUCAACAGCAGCAGCAGCCCCCGCAGCAGCAACAACAACAACAACAGCAGCAGCAGCAGCCACCCUCCCAUCCCCUGCCACCUGCACAGCCCACCCAGCAGACACUCACUUCCCAGGUCCCGGCGAGCCACAGCAACUCAGUGGUGCAGGUGUACAGCACUCUGCCCCACAUGGUCGGAGGUGGUGGAGGUGGUGGGGGUGGCGGGGGUGGAGCUGAGAUCCACACACUGGGUCUGCAGCCUUUCCAUCCUGUGCAAGUGCCCAGUCAGGGUGUGGAGAGUCAUUCGUUCACAACCCCUCCCGUGUACAGCCCCGGGAAGCAGGGCACCAAAACCAAGACCUGCAGCAUCACCACCAGCAUGACGGAGCUGGGUGACUUUGAAAAGGUUAUCGUUCCCAAGCGACCGAGGAACUGUAAAAAAAGCUCAGAUGGAGUCGCAGCAGAGCAGCUCAAGGGAAAAGGUCCAAAGCUCAAGUGUAACUUCUGUGACAAAGUCUUCUCGAAAAACUUUGAUCUCCAGCAGCACAUUAGGAGCCACACGGGAGAGAAACCGUUUCAGUGCAUCGUCUGUGGCCGAGCCUUCGCGCAGAAGUCCAAUGUGAAGAAACACAUGCAGACACACAAGGUGUGGCCUAUGAGUGUGGCCAGCACUGUGUCUAGACUACCAAUCACAGUAAAGGUGGUGCCAGUGCCCCCCAGUGAGGAAGAAGAGGGCGGGGAACAGCAGCAGGAAAGUGAGCGGGAUGAGGACGGGGUGCAGGAAACACAAGCAGAGGAGCCGACACAAGCAGAAGCACCUGGGGAGCUGGAGGAGAGAGUGGCCGAGGUUCGGGCUGAUCCAGAGGGCAGCCAAGUGGAGGAUGUGCAGAGCAGGCAGAACCAGCAGUGCCCGGCUCAAACCAAACAGAUCGUGGUGAUAGACAGCUCCUACCAGUGCCAGUUCUGCGCCAGCAGGUUCAAGACCUACUUCCAGCUCAAGUCCCACCUGACCCAACACAAGGGGGAGCAGGUUUAUAAGUGCGUGUUAAAAUCAUGCUCCCAGACCUUCCAGAUCCUGGAUCAGUUUUUGGAACACAUCCGGACGCACCAGGAGCAACUGACCUACCGCUGCCACCUGUGCAGCAAGGUGUUCCCCUCGCUCUUUGAGCUGGGACUCCACCAGUACUCCCACUCCCUCUGCCCGCAGCAAAACACACGCAAGGAGGCCACUGUGUACAGAUGUGUGAAAUGCCAAAGCCGAUAUUCUACCCAAGAGGCGUUAGAGCAGCAUCUGCUAACUGCAUCACACAGCUUUCCCUGCCCACACUGUCAAAAGGUCUUCCCGUGUGAAAGAUACUUCAGACGCCACCUCCCCACUCACGGCGUUGGUGGCAGGUUCAAGUGUCAGAUCUGCAAGAAGGCCUUUAAGACGGAGCACUACCUCAAACUGCACACACGGAUUCACUCAGGUGAAAAGCCAUAUAAAUGUUCCCUCUGUGAGGCGACGUUCAACAGGAAAGACAAAGUGAAGCGACACAUGCUCAUUCAUGAACCCUUUAAGAAAUACAAGUGUCCUUUCAGGACACAUGUCGGUUGCACCAAAGAAUUCAACAGACCAGACAAACUCAAGGCCCACAUCCUGUCACACUCUGGUAUCAAGCCCUACAAGUGUCUGUUCUGUCAGAAGGCGUUCAGCCGCAGGGCUCACAUGCUCGAGCAUCAGCAGUCCCACACAGAUAACUACCGCUUCCGUUGCUCCACCUGCAACAAGGGCUUCACCAGGCAGAGCUAUUACAGAGAUCACAAAUGUCCUGCCGCAGGAAAUGAGCUGGGAGCAGAAAUGGGGACGGGAGAAACAGAGGGAGACGAGGUAGGCAGCGCGCACGUGGCCGAGGAGAAGGACGGAGAGGAUGAGGAGAGAAGAAACGGGUUUACGAGGAAUGCGAAAAGGACUGAGACAGGGGGAGAUGAUGGAGAGGAGAGCGAUGGAAUAAAUGGCAGCCGGCAGCAAGUGGAAACGCAUGGGGAGGCGGGAGAGGGAGAGGAGAGGAGGAAUGAUGAGGGCUGUCAGGCUGCACUGUCCAUCAGCACCAUCGAAAGGCAGACAGAGGGAGAAGAGGAGGAGGAUGACGAGGUGAAUCAUGGUGGCGGAGGACUGGAGCAGAUUUCAAGCGAUGACCAAAACUGUUUGCAGCAGCCAUGUUUGUAGUCCUAAUGCCAAGUCCGAAUGUUUCCAGGACCAGUCGACAAGCUUUGUUAUCUUUUUUUUUAUUUAAACCACACAUUUACAUAACAUUAUUUGUUUUAAAUUAAAACGUCAUUUAAAUUAUUACACUGGAUUAACAGGAACUGGAAGAUUUGAUAGAUCUGUUGGAUCUAUGAUGCUCAGUGGAAAGUUUCUAAAUUCUUGUGUUAUGUGCAAGUUAUGUCGUGGCUCCGUCACAACAAUCUCAAGCCUUUGCCAAAAUGUUGUUUUCAUGGGAUUUCAUGUAACUACAAAUAAAAUUACUUUAAGCUUC